AUGGCAGGGUCCUCCCUCGGCGCCUCGGAUCCUCGGGGAUCUCUGACCGAGGAGAGCGACUUUGAGACGUAUCUGCUUCUGCUCCUGUCGGACUCGAACCUGCCUACGGGCGGCUUCGUCGCAUCGUCGGGCCUCGAAUCGUUUCACGCACACGGACUGCUUCAUACGAUCGCAAAGCCUCCGACGCAUUCGCACGACACGGCUGGCGUGUCGUCUUCGUCGGCGACAGCCAAGCGCAUGGCGCCGUCGCAGGCCGAACUGUCUUCGGCCACACUCUCGUUUGCACGCUCGACGCUGCACUCGUACUCGCGCUCGAGCUUUUCCUUCCUCGCGCGCGUGCAUGCGUGCGUUGCAGGAUACCUCGACAGCGCCGUCCAGGCCCAACUUUCCCAAAACAUCGCCGGCGCACAAGGCAGUGCGAUAGAGGGCGAGGCACGUACAGCUCUGCAGGCGUGCCUGGACGACGUAUCGCGGCUCGACAACUCAUACCACUCGCUGCUACUCAAUCACGUUGCCAGAAGAGCCUCCAAGGCGCAGGGGAUCGCGCUUCUUACGCUGUACGCAAAAGCGUUUGCCAAGCCGAUCGAUCUUGAGCGCCAGCCGUUUGACGGAUCGCGCAUCGGCCAACGCCACGCCGCACCACCCCAAGCAUCCGAUCCACACGCGAGCACUCAGCGCGCGGAGGAGAGACGCAUCGAGCUGGCGGCGCAGCUGGUAGACCGGCUCAAGAUGGACGUGCGGCGGUCGAGCGCGCAGGCUCCCGGUUCGGCGCAGCUGGGGCCGCAGGGCCACCUUCCGAUCUGCUGGGGCGUGUUUGCGGCCUGUCUGGGCAUCUCGCUGCGCAAGAGCGUGUAUCUGCAUCUCUUCCUGCAAGCGCGCGCGCUCUUCUCGAGCUCCAUCAGGCUCAACACGCUCGGACCGUACCUGGCGCACCAGAUCAUGCGCUUCCACAUGCGCACCGUCGUCAACGACAUCAUCCAGGAGAUGGACGACGCAGGCUGUAUGGUCAUCGACCCCCAUCCAACGUCAAGCCAGACGCUGCAGCCACUACCCGCGAGAGAGGUGGAGACAGGUGCGUAUACGAUCGAAGACGAACCGCCUCCGCCUCCGCAAGUUCUGCGUCCGCGCACAGGCAAGCCGUUCCGUAAUACGGGCAGCAUGGCUUCCCCCGCGGCGGGAGCGGCACCAGCCAAAACAGGCACACUGCGCGUCGGCAAAGGCGUGCUCAUCGCCGUCGACGAUGACGAUCCACACCAGGGCUGGGCUUGGGAUUGGCCCGAAGACCAGGAUCCCUCCAGCUCAGCGCAUGACCCAGAGCACGGAUUCUGGACCACACCUUCCGCCCCAGCAACCACUUUCCCGCUCGGCGAAAUCAUCCAGGCGCGCCACGAUCAACUGCAUUCGCGCCUGUUCAACAGCUAA